CCUCGGUAUCAUAUGACUCGCUGAUCUGCCGUGUUGUGCAUAGAAGGAUGGUGGAAGUUGGGUCGAUUGUCGUGGUCCUCCUGUCGUUAUUCAGCGGGGUACAGGGGUUCCCGACCAGGAGGAGCUGGGCCACUCAAUCUCCUUCGUGUGGCUAUGAGUCUUGCCCUGCCACUAAAGCAGACGCACUGAAUGUGCACCUGGUACCUCACACUCAUGAUGAUGUUGGAUGGCUGAAAACUGUGGAUCAGUACUUUUAUGGAGAUCGUAAUGACAUUCAGCAUGCUGGCGUUCAGUACAUCCUGGACUCCGUGGUGCAGCAGCUUCUCUCUGACCCCAGGAAGAGGUUUAUCUAUGUGGAGAUCGCAUUCUUUUAUAGAUGGUGGAGACAACAGACAGAGUCCAUGAGAGAAGACGUCAAAAAACUUGUCAACCAAGGCCGCCUGGAGUUUAUUAAUGGAGGUUGGUGCAUGAAUGAUGAAGCUUCCACUCACUAUAAUGCCAUCAUUGACCAAAUGACCCUGGGACUGCGCUUUCUCAAAGACACCUUUGGAGACUGUGGCCGUCCCAGAGUAGCUUGGCAUAUUGACCCCUUUGGACAUUCACGGGAGCAAGCUUCUCUGUUUGCUCAGAUGGGAUUCGAUGGCUUCUUUUUUGGUCGAUUGGACUACCAGGACAAGAUGGCCCGUAUGAAGCAGAAGGAAAUGGAGCUCAUGUGGAGAGGAAGUGCUAGUCUUGCACCCCCAUUUGCUGACCUCUUCACAGGUGUGUUGCCAAAUGGAUACAACCCGCCUCCUGGAUUUUGCUGGGACCAGUCAUGCGCAGAUACACCCAUUCAAGAUGAUGUGAACCUCGAAGAUUAUAACGUCGACAGCAUUGUAUCAAAUUUCAUCAACAUCGCUCAUGAUCAGGCCAAUAUGUACAAAACCAACCACAUCAUCAUGACCAUGGGCUCUGACUUCCAGUAUGAGAAUGCCAAUUUGUGGUAUAAAAACAUGGACAAGCUGAUACGUUAUGUUAAUGAACAGCAAAAACAUGGCAGCAACGUCAGUGUGUUUUACUCCUCGCCGUCUUGUUACCUAAAUGAGCUGCACCAGAGCAACCUGACUUGGUCAGUAAAGGAUGACGACUUCUUUCCUUACGCCGACGGCCCCCAUGACUUUUGGACAGGAUAUUUCACAAGCAGGCCAGCCUUUAAACGUUACGAGAGAAUGAGCAAUAAUUUCCUGCAGAUCUGUAAUCAGUUGGAGGUGUUGGGUGGCAAAUCCUCUAGAGAAGGUCCGAACGGCAGAGGGGAGAGCGACACUCUGAAGGAAGCGAUGGCAGUAGCCCAGCAUCAUGAUGCAGUAUCAGGAACGGAAAAACAACAUGUGGCCAACGACUAUGCCAAACGUCUGUCAAGAGGCUGGGAUCAGUGCCAGAUCCUGGUUAGUAAUGCCGUGUCUGCUCUCAGUGGAAACAAGAGUCCCUCCAUUUAUUGCCAGCAUCUCAACAUCAGUGUGUGUCCAACCUCUGAGGAACUCGGCACGUUCUCUGUGACUCUGUACAACCCACUGGUCCGCAGAAUAACCUGGACUGUCCGGCUUCCAGUCAAUGGCACCCAGUACUCGGUGACGGAUCCUGCUGGAAAGGUAGUGGACAAUGAGGUGGUUCCUGUGUCGAAUUUUACACGUGACUUGCGCAGAGACCGUGGCUAUGCCGUGAAUGAGCUCCUCUUCCAGGUUUCCAUUCCGGCACUUGGGUUCAGCACGUACUCCGUGUCCCGAACUAGUAAAAUCAACAAUGUUCCAGUGAGAAAACCCGAGAAGCACAACGGCCAUGCUGCACCACUGUCCAUAAAAAACGAGUUCUAUAAAGUGACAUUUGAUCCCUUGACUGGAUUUUUGAGUGAGAUUCAAAAUUUGGAGAAUAUGAUGACCCUGCCUGUCACUCAGAGUUUUUAUUGGUAUCGCGCCAGUGAGGGAAAUGAAGAAAGCAUCCAGCCCUCCGGUGCCUACAUCUUUAGACCAAACUCUUCCCAACCAAUGCCAGUCACCAAAGUGGCACAGACGUACACCACACAGAACUCUCUGGUUCAAGAGGUCUACCAGAACUUCAGCUCCUGGUGCUCACAGGUCGUACGGCUCUACCGAGGACAGCCUUUCGUGGAACUCGAGUGGACAGUGGGGCCGGUGCCUGAUGGGGAUAACGUUGGCAAGGAGAUAAUCAGCCGUUUUGAUACCAAACUUGAGACCAAUGGGUUCUUCUACACUGAUGCCAAUGGGCGGGAGGUUCUAGAACGAAGGAGGGACUACAGGAAGACCUGGCCCCUGAAACAGACUGAGCCCAUUGCUGGAAACUACUACCCAGUGAACAGCAGGAUCUACAUCAAGGAUAAGAAGACCCAGUUAACUGUCCUCACUGACAGGUCCCAAGGGGGCAGCAGUAUCGCUGACGGAUCACUGGAGCUUAUGCUUCACCGUCGGCUCCUGGUGGAUGACAACCGCGGCGUUGGAGAACCCCUUUCAGAGCCCGGCGAAUUUAACGAUGGCCUGGUGGUCAGAGGCAGACAGCUCAUUUUCCUCUCCUCACCAGAGGACGCCUCUGCUCUUCAUCGCCCAUGGGCUCAGCAGGAGUACCUGCAGCCUCAGAUUCUCUUGUAUCCUCUGCCUUCUUCUAAGCUGGGCAAAUUAGAGUUCUCUGCGGUACAAAGUGAGCUGCCCUUGAAUGUCCAUUUGCUUACACUUGCCCAGUGGGAUGCUAAUACUGUUUUGUUGAGGUUAGAACAUCAGUUUGAGAAGAUGGAGAGCGCCAACUACUCACAGCCAGCUACUGUGGACCUGCAGCAUCUAUUCUCAUGGUUUCAAAUUGAAAGCCUGGAUGAGCUGAGCCUUUCAGCCAAUCAGCGGCUAUCAGAAAUGAAAAGACUGGCCUGGAGGAUAGAAGAUGCUUAUUCCUACAACUUGAAGAAGAAAUGGACCUAUGACAUGGGAGAGGACCCUCCUGUCAUCACACUUCAGCCAAUGGAAAUCCGCACAUUUCUGAUUAGGAUUCAGUUUAAGUAGGAAAUCUAAAAUCGAAGGACGUACGUGAUUGGGAAAAUCAUAUUUACCCAGAAAUUAAUUGAUAGUCCAGGGCGAUUACCAAAGUAUGGGUAAUCUUGUGAAGACACUGGUUUGACGACCUGAUCUAGCUUUUUUUUUUUUUUUAAAGUGUUUUGGGUGGGGGUGGUUGGGAAGGUAAAAACCAAUUGUGCCUUAGAAACACUUUUAGAGUUGUGACUGUGCGACUAAGUGUUUAUGAUGUGUGAGUGAGAAAUUACAUAUCGGCACCAGAACAUGCCAUCGGUGGCUGUAAGCACUGUCCUAAAGCAUGCUUCCAUAAUAUGUGAGCAAAAUGAGUUAUACCAUCUGAAACAAAAACAGUUUAAUUAAGAUGUAUUAAUAUUAAAAAAAGAUUAUAUUGAACUAAUAAUAAGGUAUAUUGUGGUGCAGAUAUGAUCAUUAAUCACAAAUCUAGAUAAGCACAGUCACAACACGGAAGUGUUAACCAGUGUUUUUCUUAGGGUCCCAGUGAUGCCUUGUUCUCUGUAUGGUGCCACACGUGUAUUUCUGAUAUCUCCCAGCCAAAAGGACCCCUUUUUCGAGUGUGUCCGAGUUUUACUGAGUCACAGUCUGCACUUUGUGUUAGGGUCGGGUUAGACGAAGGAAAAUAGCUGGUGAUCAACAGUGGCUCAGGCCUUUAAACGUUACAAAUUGUGUGGCAAAUUAUCAUGUGAAUUAAAAUUGAUUUUAUAUAUUUGUAAAUGAGUAGAAGUUAAUGAGCCAAAUUCUUAACCACGCCAUCAAAAGACUUAACCUUUUUGCCCCCUUACAUAAAAUCACCACCACAAGGGUCGGACAGGCUGUAAUAUGAAUGUUUUGUCUGAAACGUAAAUUCACCCUGUGCUAUAACACAAUUAUUUGUAUACAGAUUAUCGAUAUAAAUGCUUUUCAAGAAUAAACAUGCGUCUUAUUUCAUUUAAA